CCCAAGCAGUGGCUUUGUGCCGAGGUCUGUGUUCAAGCCUCAGGUGUGAUUGAACACGCCCGUGUCACGGGAGCCAAAGGCAGCUCGUUUAAUACCAAAGUCCAGCAAGGAAACCUCUUCCUCGGCAAAGAUGGAGCCCUUCCCGUGGAUAUCUUCUCUUUCUCCACGUUCUGGACGACACUGCACUCACAGCUCGCCACUUCAGUUCUAGGAAUCUGAAACACAGGUUUGGAAAUCUGAAAUAGUCGAUCUGCAAAGAACAUUUUGCACGGAGUGGUCUACAAGUGAGAUUGAAAAUGGUGGAAGCCAGAAGUUGCCCUUCCUUCUACUCUUUCCUGAUUUCCAGGAAAGUGGUGGCAUCUCUUGUCUGUCUGGUGGUUGUUACUGCAGUUAUCUGGAUUACAGCUGCGAGUGGAAAAGUGCACUACCUUCCCUACUACCUUCCUUGCCCUGAAAUCUUCUCCAUAAAACUCCAAUAUACAGAAGAGAAGCUAAUCCAGCUUUUCCCCCAAUUAUUUUAUCAGCAGCCAAGAGUGCUGGCGCCAAAGCGCCAGGAUGUGCUGACAGUCACACCAUGGCUGGCCCCCAUCGUCUGGGAAGGAACCUUCAAUCCUGAGAUCCUGGACGGUGCCUACAGGCCACUGAACCUCAGCAUAGGGGUGACAGCCUUUGCUGUUGGAAAGUACACGAGGUUUGUGAGGCGCUUCGUGCAGUCGGCCGAGGAGCACUUCAUGAAAGGCUACCGGGUGAACUACUACAUCUUCACUGACAGCCCCGAGACAAUGCCCAGUGUCCAGCUGCAGCCUGGACGAAGGUUUGUCCUUGUCCCCAUCAAGAAAUACUCCAGCUGGCAGGAGAUCUCCAUGCGCAGGAUGGAGGCCAUAAACAAGCACAUAGCAGAGGUGAGCCACAGGGAGGUGGAGUAUCUCUUCUGCCUGGACAUCGACAUGGUGUUCCACAACCCCUGGGGGCCUGAGACCCUGGGGGACUCAGUGGCAGCCAUACACCCUGGGUACUUCAGUGUCCCUCGGAACCAGUUCCCCUACGAGAGGAGGAGCAACUCAGCAGCCUACAUCCCUGCUGGGCAGGGGGACUUCUACUACGGAGGAGCCGUGUUUGGAGGGCUGGUCAGGAAGGUCUUUGAGUUCACCAAGACUUGCCACAUGACCAUCCUGACGGACAAAGCCAACGGGAUCAUGGCAGUCUGGCAGGAAGAAAGUCACCUCAACAGGCACUUCCUCUCCCACAAACCCUCCAAGGUGCUUUCUCCGGAGUACAUAUGGGAUGACAGGAAGCCAAAGCCCCCUGAAAUUCGCCUCAUACGUUUUUCCACAGUGGAUAAGAACUACAAAGAGAUAAGAGAUUGACCACCUGAUCCCUGCAGAGGUGUCCUCCCCACAGUCAAAGCCAUGGAAAUGAACUCACACAGAAUAUGCUCCACCAUGAGUUUUUGUUCCCAGUAUGGACAAACUGAGAAAGGAACGUGUGGACAGUUUCUCUGGAGAGAACAGGAGUCUAAAUGCAUUUCAGAAGCAGCAGCCAAAGUGUAGAUGAGACUGAAAAGGUUUCUAGGUUCCUAAUCUUUGUAAAUACAAGCAUCCUGCUUGAGGCUGCAGCACCCAAAAAGGCAUCCAAAAGGCCAGUUUUCCAAAGCAAGGAUGCAGAUGCCUUUGCUUGAGUGUUUUCCUGAGGCCCAGCAGAAACUUAACAAGG